ACCAUCUGUUAAUCAGAAGUUCUUAUGAGGCUGAUCCAUAAUAGACACUGGGAGCCAAAGUAAAAACUCCUUAUGGACAAAAUGAUUUGGUUACUGAUUAUAACACAGUAUAUAUUUCAGGCAUCUGUUGGUCUAGAGUGUGGUGAAACUGAAAAGCCUGCUAGAGGAAUUUUUUUGGAGUGGCCAAAGUUUCCAGAAGGAGAAGACCCAGAGUUCUAUAUUGUAAGAUAUCAAGUGUCAAUUGACUUUAUCCAAAAAGUUGAAGGACAUCUGUUGUGGACAGAUGAAUCUCCAUAUCUUGGAAAGUCAGGCCUCUCUUCUUUGCCAAUAAUACCAGAAAAUGAAACGGAUUGUUUUGCUUUCCAGCGGAAUCCAGAUGGUCCAAAUUAUUCCUUUUUAGGAUUUUUCUGCUUUAUUCCAUUGCCAUAUAUGUGUGAAUAUGAGUUACCUUCUGUUCCUGAAAACUUCACAUUUAAGGUGCAUGAGAUCAGUACAACUAAUGCAGAGCUUUUUUGGAGCAGUUUGGAUGGAUGGUUUAAUUCAGGCUUUGUGCUCACAAUUAAAUAUUAUUUUGACUAUUCAGAACAACAUGUCAAAACCUUUUCUGUGAAUUCAACUCAUGCAAACAUUUUGCAGUUGUGUCCUGGUCAUUUCUAUAGAUUUUCAUUGUCAGCAAGGAGCCCUGAGGGGGCAGAAGUUAGUUUACAUCCAGUUGUGAUGGUGGAGACAAGACCAUUACAUUUAUGCAAUGUAAAAGCAGUACGUAUGACAUCAUCAGAAAUAGUUUUGCAGUGGGAUUCUCCAGUGAGUUCAUGCAUUCCAUCUUUUCAUCAUUACCUAGUUCAUAUUAUGGAUAGCAAAACAACAAAUUGGGAAAGUUUUCCAGUUGAAAAAUUUAAUACUGCUGCGGUAAUUGAAAAUGUGAAACCAUACCAUCAGUAUCAGAUAUAUCUUCAGAGUGUUGCUGAAAAGGGUACCCUAAGCUGCUACGAGGAUCCUAUGCUAGUAAUAACAGCUGUCAGCCCCCCUACUGUUUUAUUAAUCUAUCCAGAAGACAUAGGAGAAGAUUAUGUUACUAUCUACUGGAAACUGCCACAAGGGGGCCAGGAAUCCUACAUCCAGGCAACACCAUUCACAGUAAUGGAUAAAACCAUAAUACUUUUAGUAAACAACACACAGAGAUUUAAGAUUGAACAUCUGAUUCCUGGAAUGACUUAUGAAAUAGGUGUGGCCACGGUGACAAAUGGAAACAGGAGUGAUCUGAAGACCAUUCAGUGCACUCUUAAACCCAAACCAGUACUUAUUGCCAUCCCUUAUGAAGUUCAUAGUAAUUCUGUGGUUUUAUUUGUUCAAAUGCCUGCUGUUGGAGUGUUUGAUGGCUUAUAUAUAAGGAAUACAAGAGGUCCUAAUGCAACAUUGGCUUUAAUGAUGGAUGGAAAAGUAACAAUUAAAAAUUUGAUCCCUGGCACAGAAUAUGAUUUCUUUGUUUCUACAACUAGUGGAAAUAUGUUAAGUUCUGCAUAUCAUGUACCAGCUGUAAGAACAUGUCUUGAAGUUCCACUAAAUGUACGUGAAGGGAGAGUUACAGAUACUUCAAUUGGGAUUACUUGGGAUCAGGCAGAUGGAAACUUUCAGCACUAUGAAGUGUCAUGUACCAACUGUACAGGUAGUUCAAUGGUACAAGAAGUCUCAAAAGAAAUGGCAGAAUUUUCUAAUUUAAUUCCUGGCAUGUUAUAUAGCUGUACAGUUAAAACUGAAAAAGAAGGCUACAAAGACAGUCUUCCUAUAAGGAUCCAAAUAGAGACUGUGCCAAGCUCAGUUAAAUAUAUGAAUUUCAGUAAAGACUUCGAGUCAAUAACUAUCACCUGGCCACCAGCAUUAGGUAUAUUUGAUGGGUACAUUAUUUCACUGGUUAGCAAAAACUUCAACAAAUAUGAAAGAUUAUCUUCAGAUAUAAGAACAUUCAAAUUUGAUGGUCUUUCAUCUGGAACAGACUACUUUAUUCAAAUUGUUACUAGCAAUAGAUUAAAAAGAAGCCACCCUAUUUCCCUGAGAAUAAACACUUACCAGAAAAAACCAAGCGGCAAGACUAUCGGAGGCACUGUUGAAAUCGGCUCUCGCACCGCAGAUGUCGACAUCAGCAUCAACCAGCACUUCGAUGGCCACUCCGGCAUCAGUUCCAGUCUUGCUGUUGAGCCAACCGACUCAGCCACUCCAGGGAGCCGACCGCCCCCCACAAGCCCUUCUGCUGUAGCUGAGAUGGCUGACGGACGGGGACAGACUAGUGAGACAAAUUCAACCAGUGAUUUCUCCAUCCCAAAGUACUCAGGAUCCGCUUCCGAGAAAGAUCAAGAGGAUUCUGAACUGGAUUUAACUGGAGAGGAUGCCAAGCUUAACUUACUCACUUGGUUAAAAAGAGAAUUGAGCAAGGAGUUUGCCCCUGCCCGAGGCUCUACUGUGCCUUCUCACCUCCAGAAAAGGAAGAGACAAGCAGUUCUAGAUAUUGCCACAGCUCCUACAGACCCAAAGAAAGCAAAAUUGGGUAUGAGCUUGGACUCUCCCUGUGAUAGUUCUCAGGAGGAAGAGGAGCCUGACUCUUCAGUAGACUCCUCUGCAAAAGAGGAAGGGGAACUCUCUGAGGAGGAGGAUGCUACUCCUUCAGUGCAAUCUAGGAUUCUUAUUAAGGCGAAGUGGGAACACCCGGCUAAGCCAAAAUCUAACCCACAUCUGUUUUCCAAACUGUAUGGGUUGAGUCCAGAGGCUACUAAACGGCUGAAAUUGCCCGUAGUGGACGAUCCUGUGAAUAGUUUAUUAUCCACAUCUGUGCUUCCCAUGGAUGCGGAUGGGCUACCCAAGGAUGCCUGUGAUAGACGUCUUCAGCGGGGUCGCUGUUUGCACGCGCACAGCCUGGAGGACACCAAUCGGACUAUUCAAAUACUGCAGGACCAUGGUUUCAUGGUCAACAGGACAAAGAGCAACCUUACUCCAACGCAAGAGAUAGUGCAUCUGGGUGUCCUGAUCAAUACUCAGAGGCACAAAGUGUUUUUGUUGGAAUUACGACAGGUGAACCUCAGAUCCUUGUUGGAGGAGCAUGUGAUAGCUCGCAAGCUACACAAGCUAGUGUUUCUUCCACCGGAGCUGCGGACGCAACUUCAGUGGUGGCUGGAACUGUCCCGUUUUCAGCAAGGAAUGUCAAUGAAGGAGCCACAGAAGAUAGUGACGACGCUGCAGGGGAGUCACGUGUUAGUGAAGACAGACAACGUGGCAGCCAAAGCUUAUGUCAACUGGCAAGGCGGGACCAGAAUCAGGAAACUGUGCAGCAAGGCCAACAGCUUCCUGGAUUGGGCAGAGAAGUAUCUGUUAUCCAUAAAGGCGAUUCAUGUAGCCGGGAAGGACAAUGGGCUGGCAGAUUGGCUCAGCAGACAGAGGCUGGAUCAGACAGAAUGGUCGCUGGACAAGGCGGUGUUCCAGUCUCUUCAGUGCAGAUAUGGCAUAGUGACUGUGGAUUUGUUUGCAGCCGCGGACAAUUGUCAAGUGCGACGGUUUUCUGCCAAACAGAAGGACGAUCAGGCAGAGGGCAUAGACGCUCUCAACUGCGACUGGCUGGAUGGUCUUCUGUAUGCCUUCCCACCACUGCAGCUGAUUUCCCGGUUGGUUCACAAGAUUCUUCAGCAAACAGCGGAGCUAGUCCUGGUUGCUCCCUUCUGGCUGAGACGGGGGUGGUUUCAAGACCUCAUGCGGCUGUCAACAGAGAAGCCUUGGCGUCUCCAGCAUCUGAGACAUUGCUGA